AUGGCGCAGGGCAUGGAGCCUCAGUUGGCUACCCUCAUACACUUAGCAGGACCGCAAGGGCUGAUCGGAGAGUACUUGCUGCAUGAAUUGCCCGGCUCGGGAAGAAAGCUCUGGGCUAGAGUAGUAGAUGUGGAUCCCGCCUCAGGAAAGUUCUGGCUAGAAGACGCAAGGGGUGAGCUUUUGCACAGACUGGUUGAUAAGACGGAGCUCAGUAUUGGCAUGGGUACUAGGUACCCCCAAGACACGCUGCUCACCGGGCUCCGGGAAUUUGGGCUGAGGCAUGAUAUUUUUGAGGUGGCCAUCCCGGGGGCUCCACCCGGGGCGCCCUUGGGUCAGAUGGGGCAUGCAGACCAGGCUCAGCAGCCACCUCAGGGGCAGCAGAUUCCGGAACAGCAGCCAGCAAGGAGGGUCAGAAUCCCUGAUCCUCCAGCUGUUACGCCGGGAGCUGCGGUGAUCAACGCGCUAACCCCUGGGUUUAUGCGGGAAGCUGACAUGGCAGGGGGAGCUGCUCGCUUAGAGAGGGCAUUUAAAGAAUUCGUGCAGAAGGGAUCCCUGAUAUCCCACAUGGAGGCAGCACUCAGGAAGAUCCCCCGUGAUUCACCGGCGUGGCACACCAAGCUUGAGCAGAUGUUCGAGAUUUACAAGGAGCCCGAUCCAAAAGUGGCUCAUCUGAUGGCUGCAGUGUACUUCUACGCGAAUCAAAUCAACUUCGUGUCGCUCGACCUUGAAUACCUAGCUGAUGGAUUCGUCUCCGACAUGAAGUUGGCCUUGGAGGAAGCAGGGGACAGCAGUGGGUGGUCAGCAGAGACGGUGCGCAACCUGGAGAAGAAGAUCAAGAAGGCUUAUGAAGAGCACCGUAAAGAAGCGGCGGAGCAAGUGGGCGAGGGUCACGCACGCCCCAACGUCGUGCGCGGCGCCGGAGGCGGCGGAACGGACCCGGGGGCGCCGGCAAAGGGUCCGGUUGGGGGGGCAAGCGAGGCCCUGAAGAUCGCGAGCGCGAUGAUAGAGGAGAUCGCGACAAUCGCGCUCCGGCAAAUAGAUCAGGCCAACCUCCACGUUUUCUUCGAUUCCGAGACCGCCGCUGCGGCUCUACAUAAGCUAACCUUCCUGAACCUUGGCAGGGAAUCUGCACCCGACCAAAAGGCCAACGAGACGGUCUGCACGCGGCCCGACCCUUCGCAAAGGGCGGACGAAACCAGCGCACCCGAACGGGUCAGCCCACAGAGUCGGGGCAAAACGGCCUCGGAACGGCAGGACGGAACGCUUAUCCCGCCGAGCUCGAGCAGAAGCGAGCCAAUCCAAGCAGCGCCCGACCGUAAGCUGCAAACCACAGAAAAUGAGGAAGGCGCCAGUCUACCAAAACCGCCCGCGCAACCGCCGAACCCGGAAUCGAUCGCCCCAGAGUUUGAGCAAGACGAGAGCGAACCCGACUUAGUGUCGGACCCUCUCGUGAGAGGGAGCGCAGCGCAAUUGCAGAAUUGCUCCCACCAGUUCUUCAUGGGGCUUCGAGUAAGGAGUGCGACCAAUCCCGACGGAGAGCAGCUCCGGAAAGCCAUGCGGGAGAACCUUAACUUGGCGCCGGGCCCCAGAUCGGGCGAGGAGAUGACGCAGGAACAGAAGGCGGAGAUAGAGGACUGGCUCAAGAAGUCGGGGCGCACGCGUACGACCCGGACGAGUUUGUCGCCGGCAGUUUUGGGAGGCACCUCCCAGCUUGGGAAGAGAUGCUGA